AUGGACACGCCUGGGAGGCAGGAUGGACCCCUUCCAGGACACGCUGCGGCGGCUGCGGGAGGCCUUCAAGUCGGGGCGCACGCGGCCGGCCGAGUUCCGGGCUGCGCAGCUCCAAGGCCUGGGCCGCUUUCUUCAAGAAAACAAGCAGCUUCUGCAAGACGCACUGGCCCAGGACCUGCAUAAGUUAGCCUUCGAGGCAGACGUAUCUGAGAUCAUCACCAGCCAGAAUGAGGUUGACUAUGCCCUCAAGAACCUGCAGGCCUGGAUGAAGGACGAACCGGGCUCCACGAACCUGUUCACGAAGUUGGACUCGGCCUUCAUCCGGAAGGAACCCUUUGGCCUGGUCCUCAUCAUCGCACCCUGGAACUAUCCCGUGAACCUGACCCUGGUGCCCCUGGUGGGCGCCCUCGCUGCAGGGAAUUGCGUGGUGCUGAAGCCGUCAGAAAUCAGCCAGGGCACAGAGAAGGUCCUGGCUGAGGUGCUGCCCCAGUACCUGGACCAGAGCUGCUUUGCUGUGGUGCUGGGCGGGUCGCAGGAGACAGGGCAGCUGCUGGAGCACAAGUUUGACUACAUCUUCUUCACGGGGAGCCCUCGUGUGGGCAAGAUAGUCAUGACUGCUGCCGCCAAGCACCUGACACCUGUCACCCUGGAGCUGGGGGGCAAGAACCCCUGCUACGUGGACGACAACUGCGACCCCCAGACCGUGGCCAACCGCGUGGCCUGGUUCCGCUACUUCAACGCCGGCCAGACCUGCGUGGCCCCCGACUACGUCCUGUGCAGCCCCGAGAUGCAGGAGAGGCUGCUGCCCGCCCUGCAGAGCACCAUCACCCGUUUCUAUGGCGACGACCCCCAGAGCUCCCCAAACCUGGGCCGCAUCAUCAACCAGAAACAGUUCCAGCGGCUGCAGGCACUGCUGGGCUGCGGCCACGUGGCCAUUGGGGGCCAGAGUGACGAGAGCGAUCGCUACAUCGCCCCCACAGUGCUGGUGGACGUGCAGGAGACGGAGCCGGUGAUGCAGGAGGAGAUCUUCGGGCCCAUCCUGCCCAUCGUGAACGUGCGGAGUGUGGACGAGGCCAUCGAGUUCAUCAACAGGCGGGAGAAGCCCCUGGCCCUGUACGCCUUCUCCAACAGCAGCCAGGUUGUGAACCAGAUGCUGGAGCGGACCAGCAGUGGCAGCUUUGCAGGCAACGACGGCUUCCUCUAUCUGUCUCUGCUGUCUGUGCCGCUGGGGGGAGUUGGCCACAGCGGGAUGGGCCGGUACCACGGCAAGUUCACCUUCGACACCUUCUCCCACCACCGCACCUGCCUGCUCGCCCCCUCCGGCCUGGAGAAGUUAAAGGAGAUCCGCUACCCGCCCUACACCGACUGGAACCAGCAGCUGUUGCGCUGGGGCAUGGGCUCCAACAGCUGCACCCUCCUGUGAGCGUCCCACCCGCCUCCAACGGGUCACGCAGAGAAACCUGAGUCUAGCCAUGACGGGCUUGUGCUCCCAACUCACAUUGUUCCUCCAGACCGCAGGCUCCCCCAGCCUCAGGUUGCUGGAGCUGUCACGUGACUGCAUCCUGGCUGCCAGGGUUGCAAAGCAAGGUCUUGCUUCUAUCUGAGGGAUGCUGUUCGAGAGAGGCCAAGAGACUAUAGAACAAGCUAAGUAACCUCACUCAUCCCACCCUCCCCAAUUCUAGCCCUUUGCUCCCUCGGUCAAGGUUGGCCAGGCCCAGUCCCAGGGGCAGCGUGACCCUGGAAAAUACGGUGCCCUGCCUUCUUAGGGGCAGCAGCACUGAAUGGUUGAGAGCGUGGAUCUCUCCAGGCCUUUGCUCUCUCCUCUAGGCACACAUGCACUUCCGCCUCUGCCCCGUCCCAAUUGUACCAGCACUGCCUCCCCCAGGGAUCCUCUCACAUCCCACAAUGGUCUGUGCACCACCCCUCUGGUUCACACAGCACCCUGCACUCACCCACAGCAGCUCCAUCCACAGAGAAAGCCGGGGUUUGCAUCCUUCCACUGCAGAGUGUUACUGGGACGUGUGGGCAAGUCCCUUGACUUCUCUGAGCCUCAGUUUCCUUAUGUGAAAGGUGCUGGAACCAAAAUGGAGUCACUUAUGUCAAACUCUAAUACAAUGGAGUCAGGGGGGCCACAAAGAAGCCCUCACACACACAUGCCCGUAACGGGAUUUAUCACAAGACACUCCUGCGUGUAGACCAGACACGGGGCAUCUCGAAAGCACGUCCUCAAGACUGUAGUAUUCCAAAUGAGCUGCAGACGCUUACCUACCAUGGCCGUCUCCACCAGAAAACCAUCGCCAACUCUGCGAUCAGCUUGUGACCUACAAACCUUUUAAACAAACCUUGUUUAAAAGCAGCUUACAUGGACUUCUGUCCUUUAAAAGCUUCCCCUUGGCUGUGGCCCUCUGCGUAUGCCUGGGAUCCUUCCUAGCACUCAUAGCCCAGAUAGUAAUCCUCUGCUCUUCCCAAAUAAAUUCACCUGUUCUGGAAA